AUGCCGGGCAUCAAACAGGCUACGAGCGGUAAGGACGAUCCUGGUUUCGACCAGACGUGGAACAUCCUCGCAGGCGCUUUCUCCUCGAUUCACCGAAAGAAUGCCUCAAGCCUGUCCUUCGAAGAGCUGUUCCGCCAUGCCUACAAGCUGGUCUUGAAGAAGAAACACCAGGACCUCUACGGCAAUGUCGCAGAGUUCGAGCGAACAUGGCUACAGACCGAGGUCCGGACAAAAGUCAUCAACCACAUCUCUUCCACACUUCUGGCUGGUGUAGGCUCGCAGUCGGCAGACGGACAGGCCAAUGAGCGCAGAUUGGCAGGCGAACGCUUCAUGGCAUGCAUCAAGGACGCAUAUGCAGACCAGAGCCUGUCGAUGAACAUGAUCACCGAUGUUCUCAUGUACAUGGACCGAGUCUCCUCGCAACAAGAUACUACCGGCCGGCUUCCUUCCAUUUACACAAAAGCCAUGGCCCUCUUCCGAUCAGAGGUGGUCAAGGCUAGGAUUGACGGCAAUCAAGACUUCACAAUCGCCGAUCUGCUUAUCGACACCAUGGUCGGCAUGAUCGACAUGGAACGCAAGGGCGAGACUAUCGAUCGCACUCUCGUCAGAGCCUGCUGCCACAUGCUGGAAGGCCUGUACGAAGAUCUCAAUGAGGAUGAAACAACAAAACUCUACCUGACUGUAUUCGAGCCCGCCUUUCUGACCACGAGCCGAGAAUUCUACAACGCAGAGGGUCAAAAAUACCUAGCUGAUGCCGAUGCAGCCUCAUUCUGCAGUCAGGCACGCCGACGGCUGAAGGAAGAAGAAGAACGAUGUCAACAGACAAUUUCUGCCAUCACACUACCCAAAAUCACAGCUGUGGUCGACAACGAGUUCAUUGCGACUCACAUCAAAGCCAUCAUCGACAUGGAGGGCACGGGCGUCAGAAACAUGCUCGAUAAUGACAAAGUGCUGGAUCUCUACAAUGUCUUUGACCUCAUCUCACGAGUCGAUCCUCGGAAGGUGGCCCUCAAAGAUGCAGUCUACAAGCGCGUUUUGGAUCUUGGUAACGAAAUCAACAAGACCGCUCAGCUUACCCUCAGCAGCAAGCCUCAGACGAAGGACACCAAAGACCCAAAAGACAAGCCGUCAGAGAAGGUCGUGAAUCAGCAGACCCAGGCUGCCAUUGACUGGGUAGAACAGAUCCUGCAGCUCAAAAUCAAGUACGACAACCUCUGGGAAAAGGCUUUCAAGAAGGACGCCGUCAUGGAGAAGGCUUUAGAAUUGGCUUUCCAAGACUUUAUCGCCGCCAACGAGCGAAGUCCAGAGCACGUCUCGUUGUUCCUCGAUGAGUACCUGAAACGCGGCAUCAAGGACAAGAGCGAGGCAGAAGUGGAUGUCAUACUCGACAAAGGUAUUCUGCUGUUGCAAUAUCUCUCCAGCACGGAUCAGUUCGAAACCUACUACCGCAAACAUCUCGCGAGGCGGCUGCUUAUGAAGCGUUCAGUCAGUCGCGAUAUGGAGCGACAAAUGCUCUCCAAGAUGAAGCUCAAGCUUGGUACCAAUAUCACACAGAAGCUGGAAGGCAUGAUCCGGGACAUGGAGUUGUCAGACAGUCUGAUCUCGGACUACAAGCAGUACAUCACGGACUUGGACUCGUCGGAUGGCAAGCGCAUUGACAUCGACACCCGAGUCCUUACAACAAAUCAAUGGCCAUUCGAGACGCUGUUCAAAUCUGGUGACGAGGCUACCGUUUGCAAGUAUCCAGCAGAAGUGGAGAAGGUCAAGUCACACUACGAGCAAUUCUAUCACAGCAAGCACACUGGCCGAAAACUUACCUGGGGCGCUCAUCUGGGUGAUGCAGACAUCCGUGCUACCUUCAAAGCCGCAGAUGGCAAGACAAGCCGCUACGAGAUCAACGUCCCGACGUAUGGCAUGGUCGUACUGAUGCUCUUCAACGGACUCCCUGACGGUCAAGGUCUGACCAUUCCUGAGAUCGAGGCCGAGACGAAUAUUCCAAAAAAGGAUUUAAUCAAGUCCUUAGCAUCCUUGACCGGUGUUAAGAAAUGGGCCUUGUUGAGAAAAGAACCGAGCAGUUCUAAGGAGCUGCUCGAUACUGACCAGUUCUACUACAACUCUGCGUUCACGAGCAAAUUCGUCAAGAUCAAGAUUGGUGUAGCCAUUGGUGGAGCGAACAAGCUUGAGAAUGAUGCCGAACGACAGGACACCAAGAAGCGGAUUGACGAUGAGCGUGGCCACUCUAUUGAGGCUGCCAUCGUGCGGAUCAUGAAGCAACGCAAGGAAUUGACUCACCAGAACUUGAUGACUGAAACGAUCCAGCAACUAUCCCAGCGCUUCCAGCCCGAUGUCAACAUGAUCAAGAAGAAGAUUGAGGCCUUGAUUGACCGAGAGUAUCUCGAGCGUGGUCCAGACGAGUCUAGGCCGGCUUACUACAUCUACUUGGCAUAG